UGAUUAUAUAGAAGAAAGAAAUUUAGGGAAGCCAAUUGUUUAUGAUUGUUUGUAGUUUGUAGUACUGAAACCACCAUAUGUCAACAAAAAUGGGUAGAUCACCCUGUUGUGAUAAACUUGGUCUUAAGAAAGGUCCUUGGACUCCUGAAGAAGAUCAAAAACUUUUAGCUUACAUUGAAGAACAUGGUCAUGGAAAUUGGCGUGCCUUACCAACAAAAGCUGGCCUCCAAAGAUGCGGUAAAAGUUGCAGACUUAGAUGGACUAAUUAUCUCCGUCCUGAUAUUAAGCGUGGAAAAUUCAGCUUACAAGAAGAACAAACCAUCAUUCAACUUCAUGCCCUUUUAGGCAACAGAUGGUCAGCCAUUGCAACACACUUACCAAAAAGGACAGACAAUGAGAUAAAGAAUUACUGGAACACACAUCUUAAGAAGAGACUAACAAAGAUGGGGAUUGAUCCAGUUACCCACAAGCCUAAAAAUGACGCCCUACACUCGGCCGGUGAUGGUGGGCAACACUCAAAAAAUGCAGCCAAUUUGAGUCACAUGGCUCAGUGGGAGAGUGCUCGUUUAGAAGCUGAAGCACGCCUUGUUCGUCAGUCUAAACUCCGACUUUCUAAUAAUAGUAAUAAUAGUUCAUCUUUUAAUAAUUGUGAUCCCCAUUCAGAACUUCACUUAAAUGAUCAUCACUACAUCACUAUGAGUGGUAGUACCGGUACUAGUCCUACGCCACGUUGCCUAGACGUUUUUAAGGCCUGGCAGCAUGGUUGGACUAGUACUAGUACAACAAGCACCGAUGCCAAUAAUGACGACAUUAUUGGCAUCAAUAUGGGAUCAACCACCGGAAUUGGUGGUGGUGUUGGAGUUGGGAUCGAGUCACCAACUUCAACACUAAGUUUCUCGGAAAACGCACCACCAGUGCCGGUGGUCCCAAACAUCGGGAACGGAGCAGUGAUAGAGUUCAUGGGUCAUCAUCAAAAUCAUGAUCAAGAUCAUCAUCAUAUGCAUAAUCAAGAAAUGGGUAUAAAGAAAGAAGGAGAUCAUCAUAUUCAACAUAAUAAUGAGCAUGAAUGGAUGAGUUCAUUGUCAUUUAUGCCAUCACAUCACAAUAAUGAACAAAGGAGUGAAGUAGUAGAUCAUGAUCAUGAUCAUCAAGAUCAAGAUCAAGAUCAUGAUAAGAAUCAUGAUGAAGCUUUUAUGGAUGGAUUUACAGAACUUUUACUAAGUACAAAUUCUACUACAACAAUUAGUGAUCAUCAAUCAGGUACAAAAACAAGUGUAAUAGGAUCAUCAGGAGGAGAUAAUAAUAAUAAUAAUAAUAAUAAUAAUAAUAAUAAUAAUAAUAAUAAUAAUAAAAAUAAUAAUAAUAAUAAUGAUAAUAAUAGUAGUGGUACUACAACUACUACAAAUAGCAGCAAAGGGAGUGAUUACUAUGAAGAUAACAAGACCUAUUGGAAUAGUAUUCUCAACCUAGUUAAUUCUUCUCCUCCCCACUCUCCAAUGUUUUAAUCAAUUAUCUUCUCAUCAUUUUCAAAUAAAUUUUUAGAUUCUCUUUUGUAUGACAUCAUAGCUAGCUGAUCAUCAUCUAAUUAUUAUUUCCUUUGUAUUAUUAAGUUGACUCUUAAUAAAAUUUUAGUUUUUUUUUC